CGCAAUGCUGCCUGGGCCGGAAGCGGAAGUACAUGAGUUUGGGACCCUUACUGUGGAGGCCGCGGCAUGGCGCGCAGCGGUGAAACCGGCGUUGGAGGCGAAGACCGGCGGGGCACAAAGCGGAAAUCUCUCGCUGACGCCCCUCGGGAGGACUCCGAGGAUGGGGCGGCAGGGAGCGGGGCCCCGGAACAGCCGCGGCCCGCGGCCUUCCCGCCCGGCUUCAGCAUCUCGGAGAUCAAGAACAAGCAGCGGCGCCACUUCAUGUUUGUGCGCUGGAAGCAGCAGCAGCGAAAGGAAAAAUUGGCAGCCAAGAAAAAACUUAAAAAAGAAAGGGAGGCUCUUGGAGAUAAGGCACCACCAAAACCAGUACCCAAGACCAUUGAAAACCAGAGAGUAUAUGAUGAGACAAUAGUUGAUCCUAAUGAUGAAGAGGUUGCUUAUGAUGAAGCUACAGAUGAAUUUGCUUCUCAUUUCAACAGACAGACUUCUCCCAAGAUUCUUAUUACCACAUCAGACAGACCUCGUGGGAGAACAGUGAGGUUCUGCGAACAGCUGUCCACUGUUAUACCAAACUCACAUGUUUAUUACCGAAGAGGACUAGCUCUGAAAAGAAUUAUCCCCCAGUGUAUCUCUAGAGAUUUCACGGAUCUGAUUGUUAUUAAUGAAGAUCGUAAAAUACCAAAUGGACUUGUUUUAAGUCAUUUGCCUCAUGGUCCAACUGCUCAUUUUAGAAUGAGCAGUGUUCGCCUUCGCAAGGAGAUAAAGAGGAAGGGGAAAGAACCUACCCAACAUUCACCUGAAGUAAUUCUGAAUAAUUUUACAACGAGACUGGGUCACUCCAUUGGACGUAUGUUUGCUUCUCUUUUCCCCCAUGAUCCUCAGUUUAUUGGAAGGCAAGUUGCAACUUUCCAUAAUCAGCGAGAUUACAUCUUUUUCCGAUUUCACAGAUACCUUUUUAAAAGCGAAAAGAAAGUAGGAAUUCAAGAACUUGGACCACGUUUUACCCUAAAAUUAAGAUCUCUUCAAAAAGGAACCUUUGAUUCGAAAUAUGGAGAAUAUGAAUGGGUUCAUAAGCCCCGUGAAAUGGACACAAGUAGAAGGAAAUUUCAUUUAUGAAGUAUUGAGAAAGCACAAUUGGAUAUCACCUGACCUGAAAUGUUUUGAAUUUGUCAAGUUAUUUUUGACUGAAGACACACUAAUUUUUCAGCCACAUAUUUGUUAAUGAACUGAUUAUUCUUUGAAUUCAUCCAUCUGUUUAUCAAUAAAAAAUGACUUUUGGAGUA